AUGAAUAUCGCAGUGUGUCUGUCAGUUGUACUCUGUCUAUUACAUUCAGGACAAGCUUUGGAUCCAGCUCCAGUCUGUCCACAAGUGAAAUGUAGUACAAUAUGUAAAGAAUAUGUUUAUGAAGAUGGUUGUCAAACUUGUACUUGUAAAGCCUGUGAACCAGUAUUAUGUAAAAUGUAUUGCGCCAAUGGCUGGGCUUUAAAUGAAGAUGGCUGUGAAAUCUGUAAAUGCAAGCCCUGUAAACCAGUACUUUGUAGAAUGUAUUGCCGCCAUGGUUGGGCUGUAAAUGAAGAUGGCUGUGAAAUCUGUAAAUGCAAGAAAUGUGAACCAGUACUUUGUAAAAUGAAAUGUCCCUAUGGUUGGGCUGUUGGUAAAGAUGGUUGUGAAAUCUGUAAAUGCAAGAUGGAAUUGCCUUGUGAUGGAGCCUCACCAUUACAGAAUAAAGAUGGAAAGAACUUGUAUUGUGGUCGGGGAGGAGAGAGGUGUCCUGAUAAUUCAUAUUGUGAAAUACACCCAACAGAUCUUUAUGCUGUUUGCUGUUCAAAAUGUUCUCCAGUUUUGUGCGAUCUGUACUGUAAAAAUGGCUUCAAAGUUGAUAACAACGGGUGUGAAACAUGUUCAUGUAGACAAUGUCCCAAGGGGGUAGAAUUAGUCUCAUGCUUUACGAAUCCAUGUAAUGGUGCUAUUUGUUCCGAUCCGUCAGCAAAGACUUGCAAAGCUAACUAUUGUGGCGGUUGUAAUGCUGUUUGGUAUGAUUCUAAUAAUGAAGUGGUUUCUUGUAACACUAAAGGUUAA